CAAUGCCCCCGAGGGGUUGGCAGGGGGGUCAGUGCCCCUGGGGCCGGGGCAGAGGCUGGCACCGCUGCACUGAUGGGUCGGCAGAGCCCGGGCAGGAUGUGGCUGCUGGGUGUGCCCUGGGCACUGACCCUGCUGGUCGGCGCGGCCCCCCCCGGCCCCUCGGCAGCCCCCUGGACCCCGCGUCCAUCUUCUCCGACCUGUCCCCGGCGGAGCUCCGGGCCGUGCGGACCUUCCUGAUGGAGCGGCCGGAGCUGGGCCUGGCCCCGAGCCGGGGGGGCCCCCUGGCCAAGAACUCGUUGUUCCUGGUGGAGCUGCUGCCGCCCCCCAAGCGCGCCGCGCUGCGGUUCCUGGCGCACGGGGGGCCGCGGCCGCAGCGCGAGGCUCGGGCCAUCGUCUUCUUCGGGGCGCAGGCGGAGCCCAACAUCACCGAGCUGGCCGUGGGGCCCCUGCCGCGGCCCAGCUCCUACCGCGUGCUGGGGCUCAGGGGGGGCCGUGCCGUGCCCUUCUGGGCUCGGCCCAUGACCCAGCUGGAGUACGAGCUGCUGCACGAGGCGCUCGUGGCCGCCGUGGCGCCGCUGGAGCCGCUGCUGCGCGAGGCCACCGGCUUCGGCUUCCAGAACUGCUCGGCGCGCUGCCUCACCUUCUCCGACAUCGCGCCGCGUGGGCUGGGCCCCGGCGAGCGCCGCACCUGGCUGGUGAUCCAGCGCUUCGUCGAGGGCUACUUCCUGCACCCCGUGGGGCUGGAGGUGCUGCUGGACCACCGGGACCCCGACCCGCGGCGCUGGGCCGUGCGGCAGCUCUGGUACAACGGGCGCUACUUCGGCAGCGUGAGGGAGCUGGCCGAGCUCCACGCGCAGGGGGCGCUGCCCCUGGCCCGCCUGCCCGAGCCCCCCGCCCGCCACCUCUUCUCCAGCUACGAGCCCCGCGGGCGCUUCUUCACCGGGACACCCACAGAGGUGCACGGCGCCAAGGUGUGCGAGCCGCAGGGCCAGCGCUACCGCCUGCGCGGCAACCGGCUGGAGUACGGCGGCUGGAGCCUGGCCUUCCGCCUGCGCUCCUCCGCCGGCCUCCAGCUCUUCGACGUGCGCUUCGCCGGCGAGCGCGUGGCCUACGAGCUGAGCGUGCAGGAGGCCAUCGCCUUCUACGGCGGCCACUCGCCGGCGGCCAUGCAGACCAAGUACAUGGACGCCGGCUGGGCCAUGGGCGCCUCCAGCUACGAGCUGGCGCGUGGCGUGGACUGCCCCGAGACCGCCACCUUCCUGGACGCCCACCACCUCCUGGACGCCGACGGCCCCGUGCGCUUCACGCACGCCCUCUGCGUCUUCGAGCUGCCCACGGGCGUCCCCCUGCGCCGCCACUUCGACAACGACUUCCAGGGCGGCUUCAACUUCUACGCGGGGCUGGAGGGGCGGGCGCUGGUGCUCAGGACCACCUCCACCGUCUACAACUACGACUACAUCUGGGACUUCCUGCUCUACCCCAACGGCGUCCUGGAGGCCAAGGUCCACGCCACCGGCUACAUCCACGCCACCUUCUACACGCCCCAGGGCCGGCGCUACGGCAGCCGCGUGCACAGCCACCUCCUGGGCAACCUCCACACGCACCUCGUGCACUACAAGGUGGACCUGGAUGUCGCAGGCACCGGGAACAGCUUCGAGACGAUGGACAUUCGCUUUGAGAACAUCUCGAACCCCUGGAGCGCGGGGGCCCGCGUGGUGCAGCCGUGGUUGUACCGGGAGCCGCGGCGCCGGGAGCGGGCGGCGCUGCCGCUGGGCCGGGCCCCGCCGCGGUACCUGCUCUUCACCAACCCACGCCGGCGCAACCGCUGGGGCCAUCGCCGCACCUACCGCCUCCAGCUCAGCUCCCACGCCGGGCCCGUGCUGCCCCGCGGCUGGCGCGAGGAGCGCGGCGUCACCUGGGCCAGGUAUCACCUGGCCGUGACGCGGCGCCACGAGAACGAGCCGAGCAGCAGCAGCAUCUACAGCCAGAACAACCCCUGGGACCCUCCGGUCACCUUCGAGAGCUUCAUCCGCGACAACGAGACCAUCGAGGACCAGGACUUGGUGGCCUGGGUGACCGUGGGCUUCCUGCACGUGCCCCACUCCGAGGAUGUCCCCAACACGGCCACCCCCGGCAACGCCGUCGGCUUCUUCCUGCGCCCUUUCAACUUCUUCGACGAGGACCCGUCGGUGGCCUCACGUGCCCCCGUCAUCGUGCGCCCGCUGGACCCCCCGACCUGCUCCCGCCUGCAGAUCCAGCGCUGGACCCCCCCCAGCCCCGGCGCCUGCGUCCACCCCGAGCCCUUCACCUACAAUGGCACCUACCGGCCGGUGUGACCCUGGCACACGGGGACACCGGGACACCAGCUGUGGGACGGGCCACGUGCCACCACCUCCUCUGAGCCCAGCACUGGCACCGCGGGGACACUGGUGCCGCCUGGACGCUGGGGUGUGUCGCACCAUGCCACACAGCGCCAUAUGUCAUACCAUCCAAUGGUGCCAUGGUAGCACGUCCCACACGUCACUUGGUGCCACGUGCGCUGGGCUGGGCUCAGUAAAGGUGAUGUCACCUCAUCUGACCCCGGCACUGGCACUGUGUGGCACACCAGUGCCACUGGGACACCGUGGCACGGGAUGCGUCACUCGGUGCCACGCAGUGCCAUAUUCCACCUGUUGGGCUCAGUAAAGGUGAUGCCACCCCUCUCCACCAUCAUGCGGCACACCAGUGCCACCAGGCUCAGUAAAGGCGAUGUCACCUCCUC